AUGUUUCUUCAUUCAGGCGCCAGCAUGCACGGCCAUGAAUACUCCAACAGGCCCUCGUCUCCUCAGUCUUCGCACAAGCUACGACCUCCUCUCCUAUUUUCGGCUCUUUCACCACCAAAGAACCGAGCGACCACGACUACCGACGCACCCGUCCCAAAGAAGCCUGUUUUGCGACAACGGCCAGCAUCAGAGUACAUCCCGCGAAAUCGCACUCCCGAGCCGUUAGUUCGCUUCCUGGAACCCGAUGUGGUGGAACCGCAAACGCCUGCGAUGAACUAUGAAGACCAACAUGUCUUCUCCGAUUCCGAAGUCAGCGAGGUGGCCGUCUCGGUCGACGGUCACUCGGACUCAGGUCGCCGUACUCGUCGCCGCCGGACCACCUCGCGCAAGAGCACCAACUACUACCUUGGCUAUCCCACCCCAAAGAAGCUUGGCAACCUCAAGGUGAUGCACACAGUCCUACCUAGGCUGCUCUUGCAACUCAAGGCGGUGUCUCCCGAUGGCCAUGCGCGCCCUAUGCUCGAGGUCUUCCCCUCUUCGCGGAUCGCCGGCCUUGUGAUAACCCCCCGACUGGCAAAGCGGUUUCCUGGGAUUUUCGGAGUCAAGCGCCAGCUUGGAUAUGACGACCUAGUGUUGAUGAAGCGGGAUGACGAGGAGUUGGAUCGCGAAGAUUCGGAAAGCGGCGACAGCGAGGAUGCCUUUGAGAAGAGCAAGCUCCUGGCCGUGUACAGCCCGGUCAAGCAUUCGGAGGAAACGGAGAUUGUGCUGGGUGACGGAUCGAUCUGGACCGCCAAGGCGUUGCCUAAUGGAUGCUACGACUUUGUCCAUGUCGAUGAGUGCGGUCAUGUAACGACAGCCCGCUGGGCUCGCCGAAGCGCUGGAAAGACGCCACCCACAUCACCAGCAGCGGAUACACUUGCGCCGCCACCCGGGUAUCCCCGCUUUACCUUCAGCAUCAUCAACCCCUUGUCACGACGCCAUCCAGUCAUGGCGACACUCACACACAGUAGCCUCAACGUCCAGGAUACUUACACCACUGUAUCAUCGUCCUAUGGUCGUUUCCCACCAAGGCCAAUUGGUCGCGCGGUUUCGGUCAACAUGCCCAGCCGGAGUGCUUCAUCGUCGAGCCCGUCGAGCCCACUAAACUCGUCACCAGAAGAUAGCGAAGCCGACUCCGCGAUCGGCAUCACUCAGCCCGAACCCGAGUCUGAGCGAACCGUCCGCGUCGUCGACGAAGCCACCAAAUCUCUCAUCUCCAUCACAGCUUUAUGGGUAGUCCUGCGAUCAGGGUGGUCACCGAACUACAUCCCCAGCACUCACAACCACACCAGCACUCACUCGGACGAAAAGUCACCGACAUCACCAACAACCGGCAACGAAAGGCCCCGCCGCAGACACACUUGGUCCCGUCCCGUCCCUUCCGACUCUCUUUGCUCCUCAAAGGCUAGCACUCCGCCAAUGAGCCGGCAACCGUCCGAUACAGAAACACCACAAAUACAACAACCAACAACGCCAGCCCAAUUGGCCAAACCAAAACGCCACUCGAUGCCCACCCAACCCGUCGACAAGGUUGUCAACGAACGUUGCGCCUCACCCGCCCCUUCUGCGAGCAACGUCCGUCUACCCGGUCCGCGCCGCGCAACCAGUACCGGCGCCAACUUCAUGCGACACCGGCUCCUUUCCGAAGCGCAAAGCGACCAGGAUUUGGGCAGCCCCAUUAGCGAAAAGGUCCGGCAUGGAUUGCAAGGCAUGUGUCCGUUGAGGAACAGGUCGGCGGAUCCACUGGUUGGCGGAGGGUUGUUGCAUUCUCAGCAUCACUACUUUGGUCAUCAGAGAGAUGAUUCGAUGGCCACGACGUACUGUGCGCCUAUCCAGGAGAUCAGGCCUUCAUUGGAUGUCAGGCCGGCGGCGGCGGUAAAAGUGGUGGAAGAAGGAACCAAGACACGUGAAGUGCCAAGGUUGGUGGUAGAUACCACCUUUGUUGCAGCGGAUAAGGAGUCGAAGGGAGAGAAGGAAAAGAAGCAUGGUAUGAGGAUGAUGUUGAGGAGAUGGGUUCAUAAGCUUGGAUCUCGCUAG